AUGGCAGACACUUUCGACUUCAUCGUCGUAGGAGCGGGCACAUCCGGCUGCCUACUGGCGCACCACCUCGCCGCCUCCGGCGCAGCACCAUCCAUCCUCGUCCUCGAAUCCGGCUCCACGCCCAGCGGCUCCUUCCUGAACGCGCCCGCGCACCGCUACCACGCGGCCAUGAUCCGCCCAGACCUUGACCACGGCUACGUGUCCGAGCCUGAGCCCGCGCUCAACGCGCGCACGAUUGCCUACACCCGCGGCAAAGGGCUGGGCGGGUCGAGUAUUUUGAAUUUCGGCGUGUAUCUUAAGGGCAGUAGCGCGGAUUACGAUGAGUGGGCGAGGCGCGUGGGGGAUGAGAGUUGGGCGUGGGAGACUGUGAAAGGGGACUAUGUGGCAAUUGAGACGUACGAGUUCGAUGGGAGUAGUGCGUAUAGCCACCUUGCGAAGCCGCAGCCGGGCGCCCAUGGAACGCGGGGUAAGGUCAAGGCUGGCCUCCCGCCGAUGCUGGAGAAGGGCGUCUUGGAGGGUAUGCAGGCGCUAGUCGAUCAGGGGGAGGAGGUGUGUUUGGAUCCGAAUAAUGGCGACCCUAUCGGUGUGAGUGUGUUUCCGUACAGCUAUAGUAAGGAUGGGCGGAGCACGAGCGCGAUUGCGCAUUUGAAGGAUGCGGGGAGUAAUCUGAAGGUAUGGACUGAUGCGAGUGUGACGCGGUUGUUGUGGAGUGAGGAUGGGUCGAGGGUUGUCGGCGUUGAGACAGCGGAUGGGAGGAAAGCGUAUGCGUUGAAAGAUGUCAUCCUGAGUGCUGGCGCUAUCGAUACCCCGCGGCUAUUGCUUGUCAACGGGAUUGGACCCGAGGAUGAGCUGGCGAAGGUUGGCGUCACGGUCAAAAAGGACCUGCCGGGCGUAGGGAAGCACCUGCAAGACCACGUCCUUGCCUUCAUGAGCGUCGAAGUCGACGGCGCGAUGAACGACCGAUGGGCUUUCGAAUCUGACGAGAACCUGAUGAGCGAAGCGGCCGCCAUGUGGGAGAAGGACAAGACAGGAGCUUUCGCGCUGCAGCAUUCUUGUCCCUGGGGUGGGUUCCUCAAGCACCCCGAGCUCAGCUCGUUUCCAGAGUACACUGCGCUGCCAUCGUCGACACAGCAGUUCCUCGCGAAGGAUAACGUCCCAACAUACGAGUUCAUCAACAACGGCCCUGCCUGGCCGCCUGGUGUGCAGAUCGAAAACGGUAACAGCUACAUGACCUGCGUCGCGUUCUUGAUGAACCCGCAGAGCGAGGGCUCGAUCACUCUGCGCUCGGCCGAUCCAAACGAGAAGCCUAUCAUCAACCUCAACUUCCUCACUCACCCCUACGAUGCGCGUAUCAUGCGGGAAGCCGUGCGCUCAGUUUGGACGAAGAUCACGCACAACAAAGUGCUUAAGGCCUCGAUCAAGCGGACGCUCUGCGGGCCGGCCAGCUUGUCUGAUGAUGACGUCGAUGCAUUCGUGCGCGACAAUGCGAGCACCGUGUGGCACGCCUGCGGCUCUGUGAUGAUGGGCAAAGAAGGUGAGAAGGGAGUUUGCGUGGACAAGGACUACAAGGUGCUCGGUGUAAAAGGCUUGAGAGUCGCUGAUCUGAGUGUUUGCCCAUUGACGACGAACAACCACACCCAGCCGACGGCUUACCUGGUCGGGUACAAGGCGGCGCAGAGACUCAUCGAGGAGUAUGGAUUGAAAACGGCAAGACGGGCGAAAGAAGGCACCAUCCUCCCUAAAAUGUAA